CAUUUAUUAGUGAAAGUAGAGAUUGGUAAAUCGGAUAGGAUGGAGUUGAUGUGGGCCGCGUUCAUAGUUCUUUUAACUUUCGGUACCAACCUUGCAUGUUGCGGGUCGGUUGAGGUGACGUUGCAGCCAAGUUUGGUGCAAGAAGGAUCCAAUAUUAUCAUAACGGUGAUCCAAUUUUCGCCAGACAGCAACAGUUCAGCCUUCGAUCGCUUGGACUGUGGCUACAAAGCAAAUGGUUCUGAUUUGAUGACGAUCUUGGCGCAGUUUGAUAAAUACACCAAAGCAUUCCGAAAACCAUCAGUUGGACUUUCACCAGAUUUUGACAAGCGAAUACACUACACAAGAAAUGUUUCAUUUGUUAUAAAAGAUGUCAAGAUACCAGAUGGAAAUCUGGGGUUUUUGUGCAAAGUCGACUACGAAUAUCAAGGGCGAACACAUCAUAUUGAAAGCUCAAAACACUGGAUAAGGACUGUUUACAAACCUGUUUCAUUUGUGGCCUAUUUAACGACGACAAAAACAGUUUUCCAUAUUCAAUCUGGGGAAGUUGUCACAAUCAGAUGUGCGGUCCACAGCCGACCCGCUUCUGACGUGAUAUUUGAUGUGAGCAGACGAGAUGUUGAACACAUCAUUUCAAAUAGGAACAUAACACAAAGUGCUUCAUUUAAAUCUGAAACAAUCAUUUCAAGAACAAUCGUGUUGAUCAAUCUUCAAAGAGGACACCAUCCCACGAUAGUAAGUUGCAGAGGAAAGCCGAAACAAGGGAGAGAAGUGAGGAAAGUGUACACUGUGUAUAUACGUGAUCGGAAAGUCCUAGAUAAAGACAAUGAUGACAAAAAUUGUGAAAGCCAUUGGAAGUGGAUUGCGGUCGGUUUGAUGGUUCUAAUCGGCAUCAUCAUCAUCAUAGCAGUCGGCUGCUGCUGCUAUAGAAAAAGAAAAUAAAAUCUAAAAAGCAAUACUAAUAGUGAUUGUAAAUAUUAUGUAGCGUAAAACUUAACGUAGUAUAACGGUUUGAUAAAAUGUAUAACGUAGUAUAACGGGAUUUUUUUAGUGAUGUUUUGAGAGUAGAGUUAAAAUGAUUUGAGUGAUAAUUUCGGCGUGGUAAAA